AUGUCAUCACGAGCAGAUCGAGGCCGCAUACCCGCAUUGGGCGGUACCAAUCCCGAUUAUUACCAGGAGACAGCUAGUAUCUAUGGAGAUGGUGGCUCAGGAGAUCCGAACCAUCGCCGGCGGAGACGGCGUCGUCGAGAUGAACACCAUCAUCACCAUCAUCACCCUUCUACACCACCAGUAGCGCCACAACCUAUAGCGGCACCUCAGCCAGGCCUAGCAUACAAUUCUGCUCCUCCGCCGGCUUACACUUACCAUAACCCUCAUCAACCAACAACACAGCCGUCACCACCACCACAACAACAUCAUGGAAGUGGUCGAUACUCACCCCCUCCACCACCAAAGCCUCCAAGGCCGGUGAUCUCACAUCAGCCCGGUUCUAGUCUUGGUGCGGGACUGAUGUCAGGAGCUCUCAUGCCCACAGGAACAGGACUAAGCUCCUCUUCACAGUCAAACAACAUCAACAACAACAGCACCAACCCCAACAAAGACAAACGAACACUCAGCGAACGACUCCACCAACUAAGCCUCAAAGCCGGCACGCCCAUCAACAAACUAACCAACGCCCUCGGCUCCGAAGCCUUCUGGCCAUCGACAAUGGAUCAAGAAUGCGACAAGGCUGCACGUAUCAUUCAGUCUUUUUGCAGUAGCAGCAGUAGCAGUAGCAGCAGCAGCAGCCUCCUCCAAAUCCCCCCUCGCGUCCUAACCACUUGCUCCGGCCUAGCCAUCUUCACCGUUUUUCGCACGGGGUUACAUCUUUCCGGCUCUUCUGGUUCGGGGAUAGUCAUCUCUCGCCUACCUUCUGGUGGAACGUCUGGAAAAGGAUCAUCAUGGUCGCCGCCCUCGGGUUUCCUAAUUCACUCCCUGGGUGCUGGCCUUCUAGCCGGUAUCGAUAUCUACGACUGUAUCUGCGUUCUACGCACACCAGCGGCGGUGCGAGCUUUCGCCGAGCGCUCCCGUGUGAGUUUGGGAGGGGAUGUAGGCAUCGUUGCUGGGCCGGUGGGGGCCGGGGCGGGCGUGGAGGGUGUUUUGAGGUCGGGUUCUUCUUCCAUGUCGGAAAAAGACAGGGACAACAAGGAAGGGAAGCCGCUGGUGUAUAGUUAUAUCAAGAGUAGAGGGUUGUAUGCGGGGGUGUCAAUGGAUGGCACGGUGGUGGUGCCGAGGGGGGAUGCGAAUGCGGAGUUCUAUGGGAGGAGGGGGAUUAGCGUAGAGGAGAUUUUGAGGGGCGAUGUGCCUUGGCCGGAACCAGGGAGAGGUGGGAAGGAUGGUAAGAAGGUUUGGCCGGAGGGCGCGAUGGGGUUGAUGGAGACUUUGAGGACGGUGGAUAAGCAGGCAAGGAGGAAAGAACGUAAUGGAGAUCAUGGGUGUUCGAGCAGGGCAGUGGAUGAUGAAUGGGCGUACGAGGAUUGA